GCCAUCCAAAAAAAGUGCUGCAUGGAACUCUGCUAUUUUCUAUUUCCUUAAAGUUUUCCCUUUUUUAAAUAUCUGAUUAGCGUAAAGGGAAAGAAAAAUUUGAAUCAUUCAGAUUCAACUCACUCGCUUCAGGGCUGUCAGACAUGUCUCGUUCCUUCUCACCAGAACCCUCUGAGAAGGUGUUAUUAGCACAUAUUAUAGCUGAAGAAACGGAGGCAUAGCGCCAAGGACAGCCUGACACACAGGAAAUGCUCAGUAUUUAUGGAUUGAAUUGGAGGGAGAAACGUUCAAUGGGGGAGAGAAGGGAGUGAGAUGAAGCUAAUCAAGCUCCCUCGGAAACCUCCUUCUGUCCUCCUCACCGGGUUCCCUGGGGUUCCUGAGGCGCGAUGCUCCUGGAAAGUAGAAACAGGGAGGUGUGGAGUACACGGUACGGCCUUCCCACUCGCCAGUUCUGGAGAACCGCGCGGCCCCUCACCCCUUAGGACCCGCGGGUAAAUCUUCCUAGAACGUCCCCCAACCAGCCCGGGGAAGUCAGGCGCGCCCGCCUGGCUGCAGGAAAGCGCCGAGGCGCGCAGGGUCCCAGGCAGAUGCUCCCAGUAGCGCCGCCCACAGGCAGGUCGGCAUGGUCGCGUCUGCCGAGGAGGUCGGUUCGCCUCUCAGCCCGGCACAGCCCGGACUCAGGGGCAUAAGCACGCCGAUGACUCCAGAGGGCCCUGGGCCCCCGGGAUGGACUGCCCGGGCCUCGCUGGGACACUCUAAGGCCACUCAACAGCCCUUCCUCCCGCUCGGCCAGCCGCCUCGGGGAACCAUCCCACUCUUCCAGCUGCUCGCUCCUCCCUCUGACCCCAGCGCAUCCCGGUCUCCAGCUCCAGCCGCGGCGAGGCUCACUCCGCCUGCAGCUCCGCGGAGUCGCGCCGGACGCUGGAGCCCCCGGAGCCGCGCGCUCGCCAAGACCCAGACGGCUGCAGGAGCCCGGGCGACCAUCUACACCCUGGACGGCUGGGUGUUCGGCGCGCUGCUCUGCAAGGCCGUGCAUUUUCUCAUAUUCCUCACCAUGCAUGCCAGCAGCUUCACGCUGGCCGCUGUCUCCCUGGACAGGUAUUUGGCUAUCCGCUACCCGCUGCACUCCCGCGAGAUGCGCACGCCUCGCAACGCGCUGGCGGCCAUCGGGCUCAUCUGGGGGCUGUCGUUGCUCUUCUCCGGGCCCUACCUGAGUUACUACCGCCAGUCGCGGUUGGCCAACCUGACCGUGUGCCAUCCUGCGUGGAGUGCGGCUCGCCGCCGCGCCAUGGACCUUUGCACCUUUGUCUUCAGCUACCUGCUGCCGGUGCUGGUGCUCGGCCUGACGUACGCGCGCACUCUGCACUACCUCUGGCGAGCCGUCGACCCGGUGGUCGCCGGCUCAGGCGCCCGGCACGCCAAGCGCAAGGUGACGCGCAUGAUCAUCAUCGUAGCGGCACUCUUCUGCCUCUGUUGGCUGCCUCACCACGCGCUUAUCCUCUGCGUGUGGUUUGGCCGCUUCCCACUUACGCGUGCCACCUACGCGCUGCGCAUCCUCUCGCACCUGGUCUCCUACGCUAAUUCAUGCGUCAACCCCAUCGUGUACGCGCUGGUUUCCAAGCACUUCCGCAAGGGCUUCCGCAAGAUCUGCGCGGGCCUGCUGCGCCGCGACCCGAGCAGAGCCUCAGGGCGCGUGUGCGUCGUGGCGCAGGGCACCCGCAGCGGCAGCGUGCUGGAGCGUGAGUCCACCGACCUGACGCACCUGAGCGAGGUGGCAGGGCCUUCUGCCCCUGCGCCGGCGUUUCCUAGCGGCUUGGCCUCGCGCGGGAUCCUGGGCCCAUCUUGUCUGGACCAAAAGGCUCCCAACGGCAUCCUGACAGUUAAUGUGACCUGAGCUCUUAGGGGGUACACUUGGAUAUUAAAGGAUUGGAGAUCGGGGAA